AUGACAAGGAAGAUCUUCACGAACACGAGGGAGAGAUGGAGGCAGCAAAAUGUCAACAGCGCCUUUGCCAAGCUGAGGAAACUCAUUCCCACCCACCCACCAGACAAAAAGCUGAGCAAGAAUGAGACACUCCGGUUAGCCAUGAGAUACAUCAACUUCCUCGUCAAGGUCCUGGGAGAGCCAGGCCUGCAGCAGACAGCGGUGGCAGCACGGGGCAGCAUCCUGGGGUUCUUCCAGCAAGCCCCACACUUGCAGAGCAUGGAGGGGCUGACACUGAUUGAAAACUGUGGUGUCUCCUGCCCUGGCAUGAGCAGCAAUAUAGUAGAGUGUUGGUCAGAGACAUCAUCUCCCUAG